AUGUCACAACCUCCUCCAAAGGUGGAUCGCGGGUCUGCCACCUCCGCCCCGGCCAUGGCUCCUACUGCCACCACCUCCGGGAGUACCAUCACCAUAGGCAGACAUGAGCUUCAAUUGACUCCCAAGCGGGUCGCAGACCGACAGCGAGCCGCAAGAGUUGUACAGAACAGUCCAACAAAGAAAGGUCGACGAUACGAAACUCCCGUAGGAUCAGUACGGCCUAUCGGAGAUACUUCUAUGGACGAUCCUUUUCCUGUCCCUCCUGGUCGUCCAGUCCCAGGUCCUCGACGCCUUUUCAUUUCACCUGUUCCGGUUCCGCCAAUCCCCACUCUGAUUCGCGGAACCGCAUGCUUGAAGCCGCCAGGACGUAAGGAUAUCAUCUGCACUGCCCAGGAGGAAGGCGAGACAAGUAACCUCGAGCGACAGGUCGCCAAUCUGCGGUCGGAAGCCGAGGAGUUGAAGGGGAAAAAUUCGGCCCUGGAAGCCCAAGUCGAACGCUUGACGACCGAGUUGGAGCAGUUGAAAGAUGCGCAAACGGCGGGCUCGAUUCACCGAGACGACAGCAUUCAUGGAAACCCGGUUGGAAGGGAGGGUUUCUUGAGGGCGAGGGAGAAUUGCCGCAUAGCGCUACUGGAGCAACGCGAUCGGGAGUCGGACCAGAUGAGGGAGGUCCUGUCACGAAAGAAGUGUCGUCCGACUCGAAGAUGA